CGUAUAUGCCUCGUUAGAAACUUCUCUAAAUGUGCAAAUGGCAGCAUAUCUUUAUAUUGUUUUACUUAGUGCCACGCAGACAUGGACUUGAAAGACGGGGUUCAUUGGAGUUACAUUCAGCGCUUUUUGAUGAAAUCGAUAAUAUACUAUCGGAAAUAGAAUCAAAUCAUAGGGCGCUCCGCAUUCAUCGGCAGUCAUGUAGCAAAAGCUUAAUUAAAGUAAAUGGUCUGGCCAACGGUACCUCUUUACUAAAGAGCACAGAAAAGCAGUUACUUUCCUUGAUACUACUCUUUAAAACUGGCUGUCCAAAUGAAUAUCAUCGGAUUAUUCCGAAAGUCCGCUCGCCAUACGAGUAUAAGUCAUUUCAUUUUGCCUAUAUACCAGAAGAUGGACCUCCUCCACCACGUACACCCCCACCUCCACCACCACCACCUCCUGUGCCUAUAACUACUACUAGUACACUUGCUACUACUACUGCUUCUACUACUACCAUUCCUACUACUACUACUACAAUGCCUACUACUACUACUAGUACUACUACUACCAUUCCUACUACUACUACUACAAUGCCUACUACUACUACUCGAAUUAUCACUACUAUGCCUACUACUAGUACUACUCCUACUAUUCCUACUACUACUGCUGUGCCUACUACUACUACGACUACUAAACCCAUUAAAUCUACUACUACUUCGCCUAAAACUGAACCUCCAUCUCUACCAACUCUUCGUCCGAAUUUUGUGGAUCCUACUUCCACAAAAGGCACAACUAACUCAGACGAGGAAGAUAUUAUUUAAAGCUAAAAUUUCCUUAUUAUUAGAUAUAAAAAAGAUAAUUUUUAACAAUUAAAACAAA